UGAGCCCUCCUGUAAGCUCAGUCAGACAGCAGAGGAGCAACUGAGACCAGAGGAACUGGGAGUGCAACGGAGGAGGGGGGGAAGCAAGAAGAAAAAAAGAAAAGAGAGAGACCUGCCUCACAUCAAGUCUCUGCACAUGGCCUUGGACUUCAUGAUUUGUUGGGACAAUCAUUAGCAGAAGAGCAAAACUGCUGCCUGUCAAAGUUUUGUUGUUUUAAGGUGAAACCAGUUCCAGGAGAAGAAGAAGAAGAAGAAGAAGAAGAAGAAGUCUGGGCAAAGAUCACAACUGGACCUCGUCCAUCUCCUCUUGUCCAUGCUGCAUCCCUGCGAGGGAAUGCCGCGCCCGCUGGCAGAGUGAUUUCCUAGAAGUGCAUCUUUUGAUGAGAGCCCGACUGUUCUGGAUCUUGCAGCUCUUCCAGCUUCCACGCCGCCUCGCUGGAGACGGGAUCCAGAGCUCAUUGUGAGGAACAGCAGGAGAGAGCAGGGAGGGGAGAGAGAGAGAGAGAGAGAGAGAGAGAGAGAGAGAGAGAGAGAAAAAGGAGAAUAUUGCCAUCCAUCUCUCUAACCCCGCAGCCCACCCUCGGCUUCGAACGCCCCUCCUCUCUGCCUCUUCUUUUGCCCCCGUGCCCCCCUCCUCUACACCUCACCCCCCAACAGAGCAGAGAGCGUGAAAAAUCUCACUAAUGGGUUUAUUUGCUGUCAGAUCUGCGCCGAUCUGUCAUUCCCUUGGACCAUUCUGCUUGACACAUUUCAUAGUUGAGUAAGCCUCCUGGCUCUGUGUCCAGAGUGAACAGUGCCCCUGCAACGUCGUGCUGGCUGAGAGCUCAUCAAGUAGGGGAGCAACGGCGGCAGCGGCGGCAGGAGUCAGUCUGACAGUCUCUUGGACAGGGAGUCCCUGAAGCCUGCAUUCCUCUGGUCUCCUUCUCCACGUCGGGACUCCAGUGUUUGUGUGAGGCUCGCAGGCAUCCUCAGCCCUCUGCCCCGAUCACACGGCCGGCCCCGUCACACAAGAUCCGAGGGCACUUUUCCCUUCGAAAAGGAGUGUGAAGAUGUGGUGUGGGGCUGGGCCUCUGGCUGUGGUGGCUGCAGUGUUUUGGACUCAGUGUGUCCUACUGGAUGGGGUGGAUGCCAAGAAGGAGAGGAAGAGGCCAAAGGAGGCCACCCCACAACACACAGAGGCGUACAAUGCAACUCUCUCCAACAGUGAAGAGGUCGGUGGAAGCAUCAAGCAGGGUUCUGACCACCAGAGAGUCGACCCACUGGGAUCAUGGAUGGACUUUGUCAAAAGACCCGUUGGCAACUUCCCCGGAAAGUGUCGCAAACGCAAACGUCCCCUGCCGGGCCCACCUGGGCCUCCGGGUCCUCCAGGCCCUCAGGGACCUCCUGGCUCCCCCGGCGCCGAAGUGACCCAGGAAGUUCUUCUGCAGGAGUUCAAAGAGAUGGUUAAAGAGGCUACAGAGAGGAGAGCGGCGGCACUUGACAGACAAACCAGCCCCAGCCAGCUACCUACGGCUCUCCUCACCCUGGAGGGGAUGACCUCCUACCGGCGAAUAGAGGAGGCUUUCCACUGCAAGCUCAAGGGACCCGUGGUGGUGGACAAGAAGACUCUGGUGGAGCUCCAGAACUUUCAGACACCGCCUGCUAAGGGAGCCUUCCUCCGAGGGUCAGGAAUGGACCAGUCGACCGGAAGAUUCACAGCUCCCAUCACAGGGAUCUACCAGUUCUCUGCUAACGUCCACAUUGACCACAACGAGGUGAAGAGGAGCAAGAGUCAGCUCAAGGCCAGGGACAAUGUUCGAGUGCUGAUCUGCAUCGAGUCACUCUGCCACAGAUACACCUCACUGGAGAUGAUUGUUGGACUAGAGAGUAACAGCAAGAUAUUCACCGUCAGCGUGCAGGGGCUGCUGGAGCUACAGACCGGACAGUACACCUCCAUAUUUGUGGAUAAUGCAGCCGGGGCCUCCAUUACAAUACAGAACGGUUCCGAUUUCAUGGGCAUGCUGCUUGGUGUAUAGCCUCUGACGUGAACAGGGCGUCUUGCAAGCCGUCCACUGCCCGCCCUUGUUUUGUUUUUGUGUUUUUUCCCCCAUGGAUUGCUUAUGAGCACCAUCACUCAGUACCAAACCGCAUGGGGAGGUUUGAAGGAAGGAAGGCUGACAUAGACUUGACUUGCUUGUCAGAUAUGGGCGAAGAACAAAGUGAAAAACUCAAGGACUGAGUCUUCUACGGUGCUCUGCAACUCCCCUGAGGAACUUGGUUGCCUGUUGCUUCACCAAUGAAAUAACCCGUAUGUAAAGCAGUGAAUAUGUCUUUUACAGUUUAUUCUUCAUGGCUGUUGAACGCCUUUGCGGUAGCCUAAACCAAAUAUCAAAGUUUUUUCUACGUUCAAUGUAUAGAUGUCCGAAGAGCUGGGGAACAUGAAAGAGUACAUGGUCUGUGUUAAUGUAUAUGACAAUGUCUUUUGUCCUCAUGAUCGCUUGUAUACACACUCAUGAACAAUCGUUUUUUUUCUUUUUCUUUUUCAUGGGUUAAAUCUUACAUUUAAGUUAUAUCGUGCAUAGACUCUGUGAGUACACUGGACAAUGGAAAGAAGUCCCACCAACAGAAUGUGGUCGUGGAUAAGUGACAGCGCUCGUUUGUAAUUACACAUUUCGUAACAUAGCUUUGGCUGCAUUUUUAGCAACGUUAGCCGCGCGGCUACCAUAUUGCAAUGUCAGUCGAGGACGCGUCUGACUGACCCCAGUCACAACUGCGGCUUCGAGUAACGUAUCUCAACCAUUGGACGGAUUGCCACCAAAUGUACACACAUUCACGUAGAAUUUAUAAGGAAUGUCAGCAUGCUAACACGCUAAAUUUAGAUGGCAAAUUGGUAAAGAUUACGCCCGCGAAACAGGUUAGCAUUGUCGAUUUUGAAGAAACUUUCAAAAUUUAACAGUUGUGCCGAAGUACAGCCUCGUAGAGCCGCUAGCAGAGCUGUGGACCCUCACGGCGUACUCACAUUACAGUGGAAAAACAAGGCUCUUGCACUGCAUGUUGUGCAUCGGUUGAUGUUAACGCAACCUUAGCUGCAAUGCUAAUGUUAACAGAAGAUAUAUUUAGGGGGCGAUGACAGUGUUUUUUAUUUUACAAAACUCUACCUGGAUCCGCAUAUAUUUUUCUACGAAGUUAAAAUCUUUUUUGGGGGGCUUGAAGUUCUGGAAAUUGAGAAACAUGUAGAUGUUCUAACAGCAAUUUGCUGUAAAGAUCAGUGUAGCACCAUAGACAUUUGUGCAAAAGCUGUUUUUCCACGAUAAUGUGAAUACACUUUUGUUCUUGUUUGAAUCCACAUACACAGUUUGACUGUCGGACAGCAGUAAAAGAAAGAUUCGAGUUUAUUUCCUCAGUCUUAUUUCAUGUUAUCAUUUAUUAUCUGUUUAUUUUUACUGUAUUUUAUUCUUUUUCUUGACAUUUAAAUGUUUGUAAUUUAUCAUAACUGAUAUACCAGUAACAUUGGAGAGCAUUGAAAUUUGAUAUGGUAUUUAUGUUUGAGAAAACGUAUCAUUCGUGUGGUGAUUUAGACUCUUGUGGACUGUUGAAACCACAGAUUAUUACAAGAAUAAAGUUAUAUGUUUUUACAAUUUUUUUUAUCACCCAUAAUAUUCUGUAAUUUCAAAAUUAAACUCUUUAAAAAAAACAUGUAAAUUGGUCUCUGCACAUAAUAGUGAUGCUUAUUGUCGAAAACAACUCAUGAUUAGAUUAUAAUCAUAACCUCAGUAGUCUAUUGACAUUUCUGUUAUUUGAUUUUCGUUUUCUGCAUGUCUGAUUAAUUUAUCAAAGCAUCUCUGCAGUGCUGUUUUUAAAAAUGUAUUUUAUAUUCCUCAAGUUUCCUCUUUAAAUAAACAUGAAAAGCUGUGGUCCACCAGCUACUCUUUAAUAUUA